GACAGGCUCCCCACCAGGAGGCCAAGGGGCAGCUGUUUUGCUGUGCUCUUGGUGUCAGAGCCCUGUGGGGCCUCCUCCAGUGACCUUUACAUGUACUGUGUGGCGAGUUGGAGGUGACAGCGUGCGGUGAGAAGACGCCGCUGUGCAGAGCUGCGCUAUGGGCGAGGCCUCAGGCCCAGGCUUGGCUUCUACAAGGCCCAGGAGCAGCCCCGGCAGCAACAGGAAGUCAGGAGUCAGGCACUUGCUGACCAGAGGACAGAGGUUUCUAUGGAGACCAGAGGAACAGGAAACAUGGGGCCAAGGGGGAGGGACACUGGGAGCACAGAGGCCUGAGUGCCUGACAUAAAUGUCAUAAAAUCAUAAAAUGUCAAAUUACCCAGUCUGACAGCCUCCUUGCACACAUAAGGAAACUGAGGCCCGUGAGGAGAGGGCUUUGCAUGUGGUCAUGCGGCACUGGCCUGGCCUGGCCUGCCUUCCUCUGUGCUGGCAGGGACUGCAUGCACGUCAGGCAGCUGAGGAGACUCCUGGACAGAUGUGGACAUGGGGCUGGUGCUGCGGGAGCACCUGUGAGUGGCCCCCAUGUUGCCGGGGUGCCCUCGCCCUGUUGUCAGUGUGUGUCUGGGGCAGCAGGCAGGGCCCAGCCCUUACCACCACCCACAGAGUGCAGCAGCACCUCCCCCACGCUCACUGUGGCCUUUUGUUUUCUGGGUGACACUAGCAUCAGGCGGUGUGUCCGGGUGACUAAUCUCCUCCAGGCCAGGCAGCUGUCACAGGGCGGCCUGACCAGACAGGCGGGGAAAGCGGACACCGUGGUGGCAGCGGGCAGCCAGGCCUUCCAGCUCCUCUCUCCCAGGUACAGAGCAGACCUCUAGUCAGGCAGACCCGGGUUGAGGUCCCAGCGCUGCCAGCGACUGGCCAUGUGGCUGUGGGCAUGUUACUGCGCCUCUUGGAGCCUCCGUUUCCUCCUCUGUAAUGGAGCGGCUGGUCCUGCCUGCUCGGGUUGUGAUAGGGAUCAACGCGCUUAGCCCAGCGCCGGUCACAUAGCAGGGCUUCAGUACACGGGAUUGUUGUACUAUGGUUCCCUUCCCACCCUGUCCCGGCCUUGAGGCCCAAGAGGAAAUACCACAUGCCCUACCCUGCCUCUGAGGUGCAGGCUUUGCCAUCAGGUGGACUUGGGUUCCAACAUUGGCCCUGUAUGGACUUGCUUGGACUUUAUUUGUGUCACCUCUCUGCAUCCCUGUUUCCUCGUCAGGAAUGUAGGGUAAGCCAGUACCUACUCCUUGGGGUUGCUGGGGUUUAUAAAAUGUGCCUGACAUGUGGUAGGCUCAGUAAAAGCCGUGAUGACACUGAUCCUAGGAGGAAGCCAAGUGCUCUCUACGUGCCUGCUCUCCUACCCUGGAGCUCCCCUCCUCCCCAGUUGGUCUGGUUUGAGUGGGGCGCCUUUUGGAGUCAUGAGACCACUGCCCCAACCUUCCUGUCAUCUGCAGCAGCUGGAGACUCUUAACAGGCAGAGACCCAUAAUGGGGCCGCCUCAAACUCUGCUUCCCCAGGCAUGGCUGCCUGCCCUAAGCACUGGUCACCGACACACAGAGGCUGCAGGCCGUCCACCUCACUCUCAGCACCCCUGCACCCGGCCUGAAGUUGCCUGCUCCAGGCCCGCAGGGCAGGAGCAAAUCAAAGAGCAGGGUGGGAGGAAGGAGAAGGUGCUGGACAUGCGGCCCUGACCUGACUCCUAGAGCUACCAUUUCGGCCUUAAUCCUCCCUCACACCCACAGUUUCCCAGGGCACCACUCAUCAUGCCUAACUUCUGCCAUGCCUUCAGCAGGCCAAAGUAAUUCUCCUGCCAGCCCCAGGCAGCACUGUCCCAUGGCUGUGGCUCGAACCUUGGUAGCUGCCAGGGGCUAGGAUGCAUCCCUCUAUCAGCCUCUCCCCAGGCUCAGGGGCCAGGGCCCAGGAGAGCCCCUGAUGUGGGACACAGGCGGCUCUCAGCACCUGGGGUGUUGCCACCCCGAACCAUACCUGGCCUCCUGCCCUUCCCCCACCGUUAGGAGAGGUGAGGGCACAGGAGCCCGAUGCCGGCGGCCUGUGAAGAAGGGAGGGGCAGGGAGGAGAUAAGCUGAUGAAGGGAGCAGGUCCAAGAUGUCCCUUGCAGCAAGGACAGUGCCCACGGCUCCUGCCUUCUGCAGGAGGGAGCUCUGGGUAGCUCAGUGUUUGGAAUUGUGAGCGUUGGGGCCCGUAGCAUCAGGAACCAGGAUGGUGUGCAGGUCAUAGGCUCCCCCGACGGCAGAGCGGGAGGGGUUUCCAGGCAUCACCCAGCACUUCACACGUAGGGUGUCCAUACUCUGCCCCUUCAGAAAGGUGAGACAGAGUGGUCGAGUACCAGAAAGUUCCUGCCAUCAGCCCUUCACACGUACAGAUGCUCACACACCCAGAAUCCAGAGGCUUUUCUUGUGGCUUAAGCUCUCGUCGCAUCCGCCUGAGUAAACCAAGACUGGCACUGCCCCCUCCCUGCCGAGCCAGCGGCUCUCCGGUUCUUUGAGGCCUGGUUUCCCCAGGGCCUUCGACCUUUGAACCAGACGUCAGACCCUCUGCGUUUCUGGGCGCCACCCUCGGCCUGAGCAAGGCUGGGGGCUGAGAGAGUAUGAGGGUCUUGUCAGGACCGAGUUCCUUUGCAGAGAACCUCGUUUUGUCAACAUAGCUUGGUUUGUGCCGUGUCCCAGGAGGGGAAACCUGACCUGCCCGAUGUGGGUGGCAAAACAAAGGCCCAAUGAGAGGGAAAACCUUGCCCCAGGCCCCACAGUCCAUCUAGGCAGACUUUGCCUCCCAGUUUCCCUUUUCUUUCUUUUCCAUCAGCUUCUGGCAAGGGAGGCGAAGUCCUUCAGGCCCAGGGCUUUGUGGAUUAUGGUGCCUGGGCAGGGGAAGGUGGGGUGGGCAGCCUGAAGCACCCUCCUCCCUAGGACUCCUGGGACAGCCUGGGGUGCGACUGGGGAGAACGUCAGUGUUCCAACAGCUGGCACCCGAAAGCACCCCGUUCGCGGAGGUCAGAGGCCACAGCUGCCCCCUCCCUACUUCACAAGUGUCGCUUCUCUGCUCGUGGGUGUGGGUGCAGCAUGGGCCAGCUGCUGAUGCUCCAGGUCUCUGCCCAACAGCCGCGUGCCUGCCCCUGCCAUGGAGACCUUCUUUAGGAGACACUUCCAGCGGAAGGCACCAGGCCCCGGAGAGGGGAAGCGGCGGCCCAGUGGCGUGGGGCUGCCCACAGGCAAGGCCCGGCGCCGCUCCCCGGCCGGGCUGGCCUCCGCCUCGCUGGCGCAGCGGCGCCGCUCCAGUGCGCAGCUGCAGGGCUGCCUCCUGAGCUGCGGGGUGGCGGCCCGGGGUUCUCGCCGCCGGCGCUCCAGCACCGUGCCGCCUGCCUGCAACCCCCACUUCAUUGUAAAGGAGGUGCCCACCUCACAACUGGCCACUGUGGAGGCCCAGCUUCCGGGUGCGCCCCUGCUGUUGGCCAGGCUGGCAGGCAUGGAGGAAGAGGAGGGCGUCCAGGAGGAGGAUGUGGCAGUUGGCACAUCAAGUGCCACCCAGCCAGGCACCACGACACCAGGGCCACCCCUACACCGGGGUGCCUGGCCACUGCUGCCCAUGCCCCGUUGCCUGCGCCGAGGCUCCUCCCACCUGCUCCCCGCGGACGCGGUAUAUGACCACGCUAUCUGGGGCCUACAUGGCUACUAUCGGCGCCUCAGCCAGCGUCGACCCUCAGGCCAGCAACCUGUCCCCGGGGGCCGAAGAGCCUCAGGCACCCCGGCUGGGCCCGUGAUGCCUGCCCGUGUGCGUCCGCUGUCCCGCAGGCGCCAGGUAGCCCUGCGGCGCAAGUCAGCCGGCCCCCAGACCUGGAGCGCCCUCCUCGCGAAAGCCAUCACCAAGUCGGGCCUGGCGCACCUGGCCCCGCCUCCCCCUGCCCCCGGGGCCCCCUGUGGCGAGUCAGAGCGGCAGAUCCGGAGCACCGUGGACUGGAGCGAGUCAGCGACGUAUGGGGAGCACAUCUGGUUCGAGACCAACGUGUCAGGAGACUUCUGCUAUGUUGGGGAGCAGUACUGUGUAGCCAAGAUGCUGCAGAAAUCAGUGUCCCGGAGAAAGUGCGCAGCGUGCAAGAUCGUGGUGCACACCCCCUGCAUCGAGCAGCUGGAGAAGAUAAAUUUCCGCUGUAAGCCAUCCUUCCGUGAAUCAGGCUCCAGGAACGUCCGUGAGCCAACCUUUGUACGGCACCACUGGGUCCAUAGGCGACGCCAGGACGGCAAGUGUCGGCACUGUGGGAAGGGCUUCCAGCAGAAGUUCGCCUUCCACAGCAAGGAGAUUGUGGCCAUCAGCUGUUCCUGGUGCAAGCAAGCAUACCACAGCAAGGUGUCCUGCUUCAUGCUGCAGCAGAUCGAGGAGCCCUGCUCCCUGGGCGUCCACGCGGCCGUGGUCAUCCCGCCCACCUGGAUCCUCCGUGCCCGCAGGCCCCAGAACACCCUUAAGGCCAGCAAGAAGAAAAAGCGAGCAUCCUUCAAGAGGAAGUCUAGCAAGAAAGGGCCUGAGGAGGGCCGCUGGAGACCCUUCAUCAUCAGGCCCACCCCCUCCCCCCUCAUGAAGCCCCUGCUGGUGUUUGUGAACCCCAAGAGUGGGGGCAACCAGGGCGCUAAGAUCAUCCAGUCCUUCCUCUGGUAUCUCAAUCCCCGACAAGUCUUUGACCUGAGCCAGGGAGGGCCCAAGGAGGCGCUGGAAAUGUACCGCAAAGUUCACAACCUGCGGAUCCUGGCAUGCGGGGGUGACGGCACGGUCGGCUGGAUCCUCUCCACCCUGGACCAGCUGCGCUUAAAGCCACCACCCCCUGUCGCCAUCCUUCCCCUAGGGACUGGCAACGACUUGGCCCGCACCCUCAACUGGGGUGGGGGCUACACAGAUGAGCCCGUGUCGAAGAUCCUCUCCCACGUAGAGGAGGGGAAUGUGGUGCAGUUGGACCGCUGGGACCUCCGUGCUGAGCCCAACCCCGAGGCGGGGCCUGAGGAGCGAGACGAGGGCGCCACCGACCGGCUGCCCCUGGAUGUCUUCAACAACUACUUCAGCCUGGGCUUUGAUGCCCACGUCACCCUGGAGUUUCACGAGUCUCGAGAGGCCAACCCAGAGAAAUUCAACAGCCGCUUUCGGAAUAAGAUGUUCUAUGCCGGGACAGCCUUCUCUGACUUCCUGAUGGGCAGCUCCAAGGACUUGGCCAAGCACAUCCGGGUGGUGGUGAGUGGGGCUGAGCCGGCAGGCAGAGCAGGUGGCCUAGCAGGGAGGGAGGCCACCUCGGCACAUGUGGCCCCCAACUGCAUCCCCCAUUCCUGCCUCCAGUGUGACGGAACAGACCUGACCCCCAAGAUUCAGGACCUAAAACCCCAGUGCAUUGUUUUCCUGAACAUCCCCAGGUACUGCGCAGGCACCAUGCCCUGGGGCCACCCCGGGGAGCAUCACGACUUUGAGCCCCAGCGGCACGAUGACGGCUACCUCGAGGUCAUUGGCUUCACCAUGACAUCCCUGGCCGCACUGCAGGUGGGUGGGCACGGCGAGCGGCUGACACAGUGCCGCGAGGUGGUGCUCACCACGUCCAAGGCCAUCCCGGUGCAGGUGGACGGUGAGCCCUGCAAGCUCGCAGCCUCACGCAUUCGCAUUGCCCUGCGCAACCAGGCCACCAUGGUGCAGAAGGCCAAGCGGCGGAGCGCUGCCCCGCUGCACAGCGACCAGCAGCCGGUACCCGAGCAGCUCCGGAUCCAGGUGAGCAGGGUCAGCAUGCACGACUAUGAGGCCCUGCAUUACGACAAGGAGCAGCUCAAGGAGGCUUCUGUGCCACUGGGCACUGUGGUGGUCCCUGGAGACAGCGACCUGGAGCUCUGCCGCGCCCACAUAGAGAGGCUCCAGCAGGAGCCAGAUGGUGCUGGAGCCAAGUCCCCCACGUGCCAGAAACUGUCCCCUAAGUGGUGCUUCCUGGACGCCACCACUGCCAGCCGCUUCUACAGGAUCGACCGCGCCCAGGAACACCUCAACUAUGUGACUGAGAUUGCGCAGGAUGAGAUUUAUAUCCUGGACCCUGAGCUGCUGGGGGCAUCGGCCCGGCCUGACCUCCCAACCCCCACUUCCCCUCUCCCCGCCUCACCCUGCUCUCCCACACCCCGGUCACUGCAAGGGGAUGCUGCCCCGCCCCAAGGUGAAGAGCUGAUUGAGGCUGCCAAGAGGAACGACUUCUGUAAGCUCCAGGAGCUGCACCGAGCUGGGGGUGACCUCAUGCACCGGGAUGAGCGGAGCCGCACGCUCCUCCACCACGCAGUCAGCACCGGCAGCAAGGAAGUGGUCCGCUACCUGCUGGACCACGCUCCCCCAGAGAUCCUUGAUGCCGUGGAGGAAAACGGGGAGACCUGUCUGCACCAGGCGGCGGCCCUGGGCCAGCGUACCAUCUGCCACUACAUCGUGGAGGCCGGGGCCUCGCUCAUGAAGACAGACCAGCAGGGCAACACUCCCCGUCAGCGGGCUGAGAAGGCUCAGGACACAGAGCUGGCCGCCUACCUGGAGAACCGGCAGCACUACCAGAUGAUCCAGAGGGAGGACCAGGAGACGGCUGUGUAGCUGGGAGGCCCCCUGGGCAGCAGGAGGGACAGUUGGGCCAGAGGAUGAGCCCCCUCCUUGCCCACCUCACUGCCACAUUCCAGUCAGAUGGCCACGGGGGGACCCAUGCCCCAGGGAAGGAGCCCCGUGCUGCCCCCUGAGGAGCCUCCCAGACCUAGGGCUGGACUCUGAGGAGCUGGGGGUCUCGCCUGUCCCCCUGAAGCCCCAGCCGGACCCGGAGGCUCACAGGGGAACAGGAAAUGGCUGCGCUGGACAGGCGUUUGGAGGGGACCAGGGCAGGGCCACUUCAGGGCGGCCUCCCCCUCACCGCAGCAGAUGCCCUCGGAGGAGUUCAGGGCCCGGGAGAGGGAGGGAGGCCUUCAGGAAGAGGCUUCCCCGGGCACCUGGUCUCGGGGCACCCAGCCCCUUCUGCCCGACCCACCCUCCCCAGGGCUCCUCCCGGAACCUCGAAGCCUGCUGCAUCUGCCUGCCGCUGCCCCGCUUGGCACCCACCCCUGACCCUCCCCAUUACCCGGUCAUUUCCUCGUGGACUAUGGGGCCUGGGGUGGGGGGGGCUCUCAUGGUGACAUGUUUACAGCUGGGUGUGACUCAGUAAAGUGGAUUUUUUUUUUC